AUGGUUAAUCUAUCGACAGCGAAUUAUUUAUUAAUUGGUUUAAUACUGUCAUAUAUGGAACUAAACAGAUGUUUUGUACUCCAAGCUCCAUUGAAAUUCGAUGAUCACGGCAAUCGAAAAAUCAAAGUUGGACACGAAAAGUAUAGUUUAGAUUCAAAAAAUCACCUGAAAAUUCGAAUUCAAGACUGUAAACUUAGUAUGGAUUUCACUCCAGCUAACAAAACUGAGAUCUCCAUGAAAAAAGGUGUUCGUAAAGUUGCCAUAAGUAGAGGGUGCAAGAAGAUCUUAGAGACGUCAGGAAUACUAGGUAACGAGAAGAGUUGAUUAUUGAGUCAUAAACAAACCCUGAGAGAUGGAGAGAAGUUCCGUACAUGAAAAUAUUAUGUAAACAAUUGAAUGCAAACAAAGAACU